GUCGAGGCGCGAGCGGGCUUACUGAGCUGAACUUCAGCGACACUGCCUCGACAACUCCCCCGCCGUCCAGUGCCUGGAGGAGCAGCUGCAGCAGGGAGAACAGCUUGACCCCCAUAGUCACCUGUGCGUCUCCAGGCUGUGCCCCUCUCCCCAUCCGCGUCUCAGCAGAUCGGACUCAAGCCGAAGCUCCGGAUCGAUUUGGCAGGAGGUCACGUUCAGCCUUCUGUCUGUGCCUGCCCUGACCCGCCGGCGAUGGUGCGUCAGAACAGCUGCCUGAUGAGCGUGCCCUCGGCCAGCGCAGAGAACCAGCUGCCAGCCUCCUGGAGCCCCCAUUACAGCUGCACCGACGCAUCCACCAUGGUUCCCGGCUACAUGGGUCGCCUAUGGAUGCAGGACACGCAGCCCCAGUUCUGGUCCAAGUUCCAGGUGUGGGAAUGGCUCCAGCAGACACUGGACAUGCACCAGAUCGACGCCAACAGCCUCCCCUUCCAGAACUUCGACAUGGAUGGGAGGCAGCUGUGCAGCUUGAGCUUCCAGGAUUUCACCCGGGCCGCCGGGUCAGUGGGACCCCUGCUGUACCAGAGCCUCACGGACCUCAAGUGGAGCAGCACUGCAGGUCAGUAUGGGACAGAGAUGUUUACACCGCUGGACAUUAAAACGGAAGUGGAAGAAUUCUCCUGCUCCGUGCUACCAUUCAAAGAUGACAGCUAUUUCUACAGCAGUUUGCCUACAGAUCUCCUCGACGGCAAGCCUUCAUUUCCCACAUCUGGUGCCAGUAGCUCCCCGAGUCCGUCUGGUCCAGAUUCAAAGAGGCAACACAGUCGGCCCCCCACUGCACAAGUCAAAAGACACAACCCCCGUGGCACGCACCUUUGGGAGUUCAUCCGUGACAUCCUCCUGAACCCUGACCGCAACCCGGGACUGAUUAAGUGGGAGGACCGGGCCGAGGGCGUCUUCCGCUUCCUCAAGUCAGAGGCGGUGGCCCAGCUGUGGGGGAAGAAGAAGAACAACAGCAGCAUGACCUAUGAGAAGCUGAGCCGCGCCAUGAGAUAUUACUACAAGCGAGAGAUACUGGAGCGAGUGGAUGGCCGCAGGCUGGUCUACAAGUUUGGCAGAAAUGCCAGGGGCUGGAAGGAAUCGGACAAGUGAGAGGAGAAGCCCCAAGGCUUUGCAGAACCACCCGAAGAAGACAAGCUAUUUAUCAUGGGCCGGACAAAAUUCCACGCUCUUUUUUUUCACUUCAGUUUUCGUAUAAACCUUUUUUGCUUGUAUCACUGUUUUUUUGUUUGUUUGUUGGUUUUGAAAAGAAGGACUGCUCCCUUUACGUCUGCAAGGUAUUUUUCUGUUUUCUAUUUUCCUGAGUGACUUUUUACACAAAGAACUGAAGGUUCAUACUGUAUGGCAAUCAUGUUGGAAAGGGACACUUUGAUUCUUCCAACUCAAUGCCAGCUGACAAUGUACAUUUUUUUAGCCUAUUAAUAUAGCACUUAUGGCUGAGACCAUUCCUUCACAAUCGGAAGUGUAAUACAUUGCAAUACAAAACACAAGACUACCCAGACUUAAAAAAAAGCCCCAAUACAUACAUAUCAAAGUUAAAUGUGCAUUUAGCAUAUAUUUCUUCCAGUAAUAACCUAAACAACCUAGAAAUUCUAGGUAAACGUUAACAGGAAUUCAUGGAAUUAUGACGGCCACAGAAAAGCUCUUUUUAGAGAUAUCAUCAGGGCCAAGGCAUGAAAGAAGGUUGCUUUAAUGUGAAACAGUGCUUCCAUUUUCACCUACGUGACUGUAUCUUAAGGUGUAACGGUAGGACACUGAAAUCUGUGACGUUCUUACCCGUGUCUGUUUACAUUCAGUCCAAAAUCUCAGACGAGGCGAGGCUGUUCCCCCGGCCUCAGGUAACACACACUCGACAACCUCACAAGAACUCCAGUUUACCCAUUAAAAAUGUCAGAGUGUUCAUCAGCAACGAAAGGACACCCCGAAAAGAGAAUUACCAAGAGGACUGUUGUAUAUAAUUUAGUAACAAAGCCCAAAAUGAAGCUAAGAGGAGGUUGCAGAAAUAGGUCAAAUGAGGACUACGUCCAACAAGUAAACAACUGAGGAUGACAGCGAUGACAUGUGAAACCCUUAUCUCUGUGCUGUCUAGGGAAAAGUAGAACAUGUUUUUUCUGUAAAGUUAAAGAUUAUUUUUGAAUUAUACAGAGAAGAAUGACCUCUGUAACUGAAAUACCCCUUUCGUGAAAUAAAGCAUUUAUAUUUGAAACA